AUGACCCAACCCAGAACUCGUUCGAAUUACCCUUACGGUGCUAAACCACCAUACGUCCCACCUCAUGGACCCUAUUACUCUCAAGCAUCGAUGAGUCAAAAUGAAAGCUCUGCCUUCCCCGGAUCAUCCUUCCCUCCCUCCAGAUCAGCCGAAGAUACCCGACGACCUUCUCGACCUGUAGGAGGAUCCGUCGAUGCCAACGAGGAAGUCCUGCCAACCAUUCCAGGCAGGAGCGGAUUUCCUUCUGGUUCAGUCCACACUAAUCCGCCUGGUCGAACAUCUUCUCAUCAUGAUGUUCAACCUCGACAACAAGCUGAACCGCAAAUCCGACAACAAGCCAAUCUCCGUUAUCAAUACGAAACCAAUGCGCAAACCCAAGCUCAUCAAGAUCAACGCCAUGCCGAAAAUCCGACCCAAGGUCGAACUCACUCCACUAAUCAACCUCAACCUUCUCCCCGAGAUCAUGGUCCAUCCAGUGGAUUUCCCGCUGCAGGUGCUCAUCAAGUUCCUCUCAAACCCGCCUUAAAGAAGACUCAACCAUCAUCGGCUGAGGAUUUUAUCAAGUUCAAACAAGAAAACAUCGAACAAUCACCUCCUAUGGUAGAACCCACUCGAGGAUACACUGGUAAUAUUGAGAUCAAUUAUUCUCAACCCAAAGUCUCGCCACUUCAAGAGAGAUCGACUCAUGAAUACCCUCAACAGCAGAGGUCCAAAUCUGAUUCUCAACGAUUGAAGAGAGAAAGUUCCAUGCCUCCUGUAGGCCGAUCUUCCUUCUAUCAGGAAGAGCAGGAGGAGGAUGUUCAGUCGACCGCAUACGAUAUUCCUGAACCUCGAGGAAGACGUCGAACAGGUCGUCAAGACCAAAGAACCGAAUCUCAACCUACUCUUGGUACCAGUGUCAAGAUGGGUAGAAGUAAGUCGGUUAUCAACGAAGGCGCAUUUCCCCGAAACAAUGUCAAUAGUUCCGCAUAUCAAGCACAACAUCAUGGUGAAGGACAAGAGACCUCUCCUUCCGAAAAUGCGUCAUCCUACAACCCUGAAAAUGAAUUUGGUUCAAUCAACCAAACCGUCGAGGAAGUCUUGUACUUUGCUCGUGAUCAGUAUGACGAGCUGAGAAUCAAGAAUGAGUGGUACCCACGAGCUGUUGCUUGUCGAGAUCAAGAAAUAGCAAGACUGCUAGGAACAAAUGGUGAACUCGAACAAAAAAUCCGGGGUUUGAUUGCGGCUAAAGCUAAGAGCGAAGCUAAUGCAAGGAGAGAAGUUGAGAAAGCACAUGCUAAAGCAAAAAUCGAGACGCAGCGCCUGUCUGAGGUUGAACAAAUCUCAAAAGAGCGACAAGAGCAAUGGAACAGAUUAUUACAGGACGAAGAUGUUCAGGCUAUGAGGGACAUCAGAGAGAAACAGAUCGCUCCGCUCCAAUUUAGCGUUGAGAGUCUCGGUACCUCUUUUGCAGGUAUCCGUACUGCUUGCAACGAGAUCAAAAAUGAGAUCGCGCAUUCGUCGAAGAUGAAUGAGGAUCUCGACAAAGUUAGAGAAGACAAUGAUCGACUGAAGUCAAAUCUGUCUCAAAAGGAAGCCGAGAACGUCAAACUGCAAACGAAAGUCAACCAAUACGAGUCGAACGUCGCACAGUCUCUACAGAAGGUGGACGACUAUGUUACCCAUCUCAAGUCUGCCAGAAGCUCUGACGAGGCGUCUCUGAAGAUUUUGGUUGAGCGUAACAUCGUAUUAAACGAGAGAGUUCAGCAGACUGAAAAGGAGCUUACCAAAGUGCAACUCGAAAUGACGAAGCUCCAAAAUACCAUCGAGUCCUAUGAAACUCUUACACAGGAGUCUCUCGAUCUUUUCAGAGACAAGGGCUUAGAAGGAGAUGACAUCAAAGAUAUGCUCGCUCAACUUGACACGAAGCACCAAAAUCGACUCCAAGAAGCGAAAGACGAAAACAAGAAACAAUCUGAGAACCUUAAAUUCCGAUACGAUAAAGGGAUCCAGUUACUUGAAACCCUUCAAAGGGAGCACGAUGAGACCUUAAAGCAAAUGGAGGAGAAUCAAGCAGUGUUUGAAGAGAGAGAUCGAUUAUCCCAGAAAGCUACAGACUUACGAGAUAAAGUCAAGCAGCUGGAAUCAACCAUUAACGCCCUUCAAGCUGAGAAAGGACGAGCCGAGGAGAGGUGUCAGGAAUAUCUCGGACAGGUGCAAGAAUCGAAAAGUCGAUGCGCACAACUUGAAGAUACCAUAUCCAAUCUUCAAGCUAGAGUUGAGGCUCGCGACAAGCAGGAAUUGAAAGAAUUGAAGAACGACAUCAAAGCUCUGGGUCAGCAAAUCAAGAUCGGCGGUAGAUCGGAUGGAGUUGCUGAGAAUGAAGUCGUGGCCAAGGUUAAAGAAGAUUUGAGAGCGUGUCGACAGGAGCUCGACUAUACAAUCGCUGAAUUGCAAGAACUCAGAAACAAGCCUCAAGAACCCGUAGAGGCGGCGAUUCAGAGAUAUAAAGCUGGAACAUCGACACCGAGCGAGAUCAGACUUCAUGACUGGGCGGAAGAAGGUCAAAAGAAUGAUCUUGCUGAUGAACGGCGCAAGUUCAAAAAUGAGAUUAAAUCUCAAUUGGAACGUAUCGAGAAGCUGGAAAAGGAUGGUGUGACAAAAGAUAAGGAAAUUGAAACAUUACGCCAAGGUGUCUCCGGUGCUUCUUUGAAGCCUGCUGCCACUCCUUCUGUCUCCCAGAUCCCUCAAAUCUUAACUACACCUGGAAUCGCCAGAUCGACAGCCAAAGCGCCGAAUCCAAAAAAGCGACACCUCGACCAACACCCUCCUAGUGACAAGCUCAAUCCCCCGCCCGUCAGCCAAAAGCGAUCACGAGUAGAUAAAACCCAACAAGAAGACGAUCACUAUUCCGAUGACAUCAACGAUUCCGACCUUCCUGAUCCUGGCGAAUAUGGUAAAGAUGCGACUGAUAAGGGGAAAGGGAAGCAAUCUAAGGAUGUGACGAUGGUCAAAGGCGGAAACGAUCAAUCGUCUGAGCUCAGUGAAGAUGAAUUGGAGUCGACUCAACCUACCACUUCAUCUCAACAACCACAACAUUCUCAAGCGAUCGAUACAACCAAGCACAGUCAAGGACGACCUGCCAAGGCUACGACUAAAGCGAAUGCGUCAAAGGCUUCAACAACUAGAAGCAAGUCAAUUCUCGAUAAGGAGGACGACGAUGAUUGGACUCCUCCAAGUGAGAAGGUUGCUAAGAAGGGGGACAAGAACGACAAGAAGAACGGGAAGAAAUGA